AACCAUCGGUGGUGCUGACCAUUCCCAACCCAGCAUGCCUCGCUGCCAACCUCUGCUCCUGUGCGUCCUCCUGGCCCAAGCCGCCGCCUUCCAACUCACCCAGUUCUCCGUGGACGACGUCCUCACAAUCUUAGUACCCACCCUGGGCUCCAGCAACCCCCAGUGCCGCAACCACACCGCCUUGUACGUCGAGGAAUUAAAACAGCUGCGCCUAUGGGCCACCGAAAUGUUCGACUCGACGUCGAAGUUCCCCACUGGAGUACUCUUCGGGUCGAGCUUCGACUUCGGGAACUUCGAUGAGUGCGUGGGGGUGAGGGUGCCCGUGGAGGGAGAGGUGCAAGGGAGGUACUGUCUGGCGAAGUUUCACGUAGUACCACCCGAGAUGGGGGUUGGAGGGAAAGAACGAGGUUAUAGGGGUGAGGUGGCCAAUGCGUCUGCAUGGGAAAAAAUAUUGGCUUUUUCGAAAGAUCGUAGCAGGAAUUCCCGCAACGAUUUUCACUUUUCGUACUGCGUUCCAUCGUCGUGUAGUCACGCGGAUUUGGAGUCAUCGCUGCAGGAAAUUGCUCAGCAGUUCAACCACUUAAGUGACUUUAAGGUCACCGUGACGGUCAACCCCAGGAGCUGCCAGCAGGAAAAAAGCCUGACUUUGACCACUUCAGACAUAGCUUUCAUAUCAAUCGUCGCUUUUUUUGUUCUUGUGACAUUGUUGGCCACUUCCUACGACUCGUUAUUGAAACUCGAUGAUCUGCAAAAAUACAAGCUUGAAGGGAAUAAGCACAAAGUACUGAUUUCGUUCUCGGUUUGGAACAACCUAAAGAAGUUGAUUAGCGAGGGCGAGGACGACGAUGGGCUUCAGUGUAUCCAUGGGUUGAAAGUAUUUUCCAUGUUUUUGAUCAUUAUGGGACACAGGAUCAUGUUCGGGGUCGGGUCGCCUCUACUAAACCCGAAUUUCGUGGAAAACAUGUAUGGUAAAAUCGAAGCCACGGUUCUUCUAAACGGACCCAUCAUAGUUGACACCUUUUUCAACAUUUCGGGGUUUUUAGCAUGUUAUUUGAUGCUCAACCAGUUUGAAAAACACCACAAGAAAGUCAAAUUCUUCUACCUCUACAUCCAUAGAUUCAUCAGAUUAACCCCAGCGUAUGCGGUCGUUUUGGCCUUCUACUGUACCGUUUUUAUCCAAAUGGGGUCCGGACCUUUGUGGUUGGAACGAAUCGAAGUUGAACAAGAACGCUGUGUAGCGAGUUGGUGGACAAACAUAUUCUAUUUAAACAAUUACAUUAAUAAAGAGCAACUGUGUAUGUUCCAGUCCUGGUACCUGACUUGCGACAUCCAUUUUUUCAUGAUGGUGCCAAUCAUAAUCUGGUUAUUGAGAAAAAAACCCUGUCUCGGUUUAGUUAUUUUGUUUUUAAUUAUAGUUGUUUCGGUUUGUGUGGUUUUCGCCACUGUGUACAUGUACGAGGAGGACGCGAUCUUGCUGGUUUACAUGAAGUUGUUGAAAGAUCCGGUUAUCAAUAACACCUUCAAGAAUAUUUAUAUUCCGACCCACAUGAGGGCUAGCCCUUAUUUCGUGGGUAUGGUAACAGGGUACUUGAAGUUUACCAUGAGAUCUAGAGACUACAAAAUGCCAAAGUACAUGGUAUACAUGGGUUGGAUAAUGAGUAUUUUUGUAAUUGAAGUGACCGUGUACUCCGCUUUUAUUUUCUACAUACCAGGGAAACCCUACGACCCCCUCAUGUCCGCCGUCUAUGCGUCCAUGCAUCACGUGACGUGGAGCAUAUGCAUCAGUUGGAUGAUCCUAGCAAUCUCGGAAGGAAAUGGAGCAUGGGUUGAGCCCUUUUUAGCUUGGAAGCCCUUAGUGUUGCUCAGUAGGAUAACAUACACUGCUUUUUUGUGCCAUGGGGGUAUUCAGCUGUACAGUGUGGCGAUACUUCGACACGGGAAUUAUGCAAGCAUUUUCACUUUGCUUAGUUAUACCGUCAGUGACAUAGGUUUAGCUUACGGUUUAGGUUUGGUUUUAAGCAUGUUCUUUGAAGCCCCAAUUCUCAGACUGGAGAAAAUUCUUCUGAAACGAGAUGUUGCAGCUGAAAAGGAACAAAAACCCAGUCCAAAAAUUAGAAUAAUAAACCAGUCGUGACUGUAAUUAAAUUAAUUUUAUAAAUUUUUAAAUUAA